AAUUGGCCCUGCUUGAUAAAAUACCUCACGACGUGCCACAUCUGGGGUAAUUCCUGUCAAAAGCUGCGCGCCAAGAUGAGGAAGUUGAGGUAACUCUUAAUUACAUUGAUAUUACCGCCACAAGAGCAUGCCACCACGGUGCCUUUACCAGUCUCCCAGUGCACUGCUGUACGGGUUUUUGGUAGCGGCACCUAGGUUGUCCCCCCAUGCUCUGGUGUCCGGGUCCUUGUCAGGGGAGCUCGUGCUUGCCGGCAUACCCCUCCAAGACCUCAUCUGUCGAUAACCGGGGCAAGAACGACCGUCCUACCCGUAAUACUGGAAGGAGCAAUCCAUCACCUGAGCUGUCACCCCAGAUUACUCCGUAUCUACAUACACUACUCUUCCCCGGAUCGGCUCCCAACGAGACAGGAAUAGCUUUACUCACGUCUGGGUCCUCCUCAUCUCGCGCCAGCGGAUCAAGAUCAUCGACAUCCGGCCCCACCCCCGUCAUCUCGGCGGCACUCGGAAGAUAG